GAGGCGAAUGUAAACCAGUCAUUUUAUGGCUAAGAUCAACCUCAUUCGCUCUCCUUACCAAAACGCAACAACACCCCCAUUCCAUUUGUUACACUAAAAACAAGACCAAACCAAAAUGGCCAGCAGCACACAUCUUUACGACCACAUUUUCCGGCCAAUUCCCUGCGUCCGUCUCAGUUCCCGGCGACUCACCGCCACCAAACUCGCCGGACAUCCUCUCUCUCCUCCCGAACACUCCAAAGCUGCAAACUUUGCCAUCAAUAUCAAAACUGACCAAAAAUCGAAGUGGGUCGUUAGACUGAGCUUGGUGGAGCAAAGCCCACCAAAAUCAACGGUGGACGUGAAACGGCUGGUGGGUUCCUUGUACGAGGACCUUCCCCAUCUGUUUGAUGAUCAGGGAAUUGAUCGGACGGCGUACGAUGAACGGGUCAAGUUUCGGGACCCGAUUACAAAGCAUGAUAGCAUUAGUGGGUACCUCUUCAACAUUGCCCUCUUGAAGAAGCUAUUCAGUCCUGAUUUUGAGUUGCACUGGGUCAAACAGACAGGACCUUUUGAAAUAACCACAAGAUGGACUAUGACAAUGACGUUCAUUCUGCUGCCAUGGAAACCAGAAUUGGUUUUCACGGGGACUUCAGUUAUGGGCAUCAACCCUCAGACCGAGAAGUUUUGCAGCCACGUGGAUUAUUGGGAUUCUAUUAAAAACAAUAGCUAUUUUUCUUUAGAAGGUCUAUUGGAUGUAAUAAAGCAGCUGCGGAUUUACAAGACUCCAGACUUGGAAUCGCCCAAAUAUCAGAUACUGAAGAAGACUGCAGACUAUGAGGUUAGAAAGUACCCCCCAUUUAUUGUUGUAGAGACAAAUGGUGACAAGCUGUCCGGUUCAACUGGCUUUAAUGCAGUAGCUGGGUAUAUCUUUGGGAAGAAUUCUGCAAAAGAGAAGAUGCCCAUGACUACUCCUGUCUUCACUCAGACAUUUGACACUGAAAUGUCCAAAGUAUCCCUCCAAAUAGUUCUUCCGUCUGAGAAAGAAAUGAGCAGUUUGCCAGAUCCCAACGAAGAAGCAAUUAACUUGAGGAAAGUGGAAGGAGGCAUUGCUGCAGUAUCAAAGUUCAGUGGAAAGCCCACAGAGGAUGUUGUUAUUGAGAAAGAGAAAGCACUUCGCUCUAGUCUUAUUAGGGAUGGUCUCAGACCUAAAAUGGGUUGUUUGCUUGCUCGCUACAAUGAUCCUGGUCGGACGUGGAGCUUUAUGAUGGUCUCCCACGGUAUCCCCAAGUUUUUUGGACCCAGGACUAAUCCGCCGAGGAAGUUGCUGGGCGCAUAUGCGGGGUCUUCUCCCAAGGGGGUUUGCUGCAUCCACAAAGGCUCGAACUCGAGACUUUACUUAAGCGACCCAAGUCCCUUUCCAUUUGGACCAACUCUCAUUGGUGAUCAGGCACGUGACCAAGCUCAGAGUUGAGGACCUGGCAUCUCAGUUUUUGUCAGCCAACCUUUGUGCCUCCCGAAGAGGUUCCGGUUAAAGUCAAGUUUAGUGGCUGUAAAAUUAUGAAAAUAUAAGACUUGGUUCCUUUUGCUCCAUGAACAAGUUUUUAUGUACAUGAAGUGACGUGUAAAUAUUAUGUCUUUUGACGUCGCUCGUAUGUUUAUAAAAGUUUCAUGUA